UGAAGUCGGGACUCCUCGACUUGUCUUGAGCUCAAAUGCACUGUUUGUUGCUGUGGAGGAACAUUAGCCCUCUAUCCACUUACGGGGCUGUUGGAGAGAGAAGCGCAAACUUUUGGUUGUGUUCGGCACUUUAUCUGGUUCGGAGCUGACGCGAACUACUGAGAUUUGAUAGAAAGUUUCCUCUGAAGACAUCAAAGGAUCGCCACCGCUUCUCUUUCUGAGUUUGUUAUUUUUUUUUCCUCCGCAAAAUGCCUCAGCUCAGUAGCGGCGGCGGGGACGACAUGGGAGCCAACGAUGAGAUGAUCGCUUUCAAGGACGAAGGGGAGCAGGAGGAGAAGAUUCAAGAGAACGCGUUCACAGAGAGAGACCUGGCGGACCUCAAGUCGUCCCUGGUCAACGAGUCCGAGAUCAGUCAGAGUCCCGGCGCAGCGGUGGCCCGACGGGGACAGCAGCCCGAACCGAGGUGCUACGUGGAGAAACACAGAGAGCAUCUCAAUGGAGUAACAAAACAACAAGAUGGCGGCAUGUACAAGACAUCUUACCCGGGCUACCCCUUCCUCAUGCUGCCAGACCCCUACCUGCAGAGCAGCUCCAUGCCACCAUCUUCCAACAAGGUGUCGGUGGUGCAGCAGUCCCAUGGCAUGCACCCGCUGUCCUCCCUGCUGCCCUACGGCCCCAACGAGCACUUCAGCCCCAGCCCGCCCCACCUGCCCACAGACAUGAGCCAGAAGACAGGUGUUCACAGGCCUCAGUCUCAGGAUCUCUCAGGCUUCUACUCUCUCCCCCCAGGCAGCGUUGGUCAAAUCUCCCCAUCGAUGGGCUGGCAGGGCCAGCCGGUCUACCCCGGCCUGCCUUCCUGUGGCUUCAGGCAGACCUACUCCAGCAGCCUGUCAGCCUCCUCUUCCUACCCCAGGUUCCCUCACUCUCUGAUGCUGGGUCCAUCGGGGAUGCACCCCACGGGGAUCCCCCACCCGGCCAUUGUGCCCCCCUCAGCCAAACAGGAGCAUGACCAUUAUGACAGGGGCAUGUACGCGAAGCCCCAGGGCGAGGCCAAGAGGGAGAAGGAGCCCAAGAAGCCGGUGAUCAAGAAGCCCCUGAACGCCUUCAUGCUGUACAUGAAGGAGAUGAGGGCAAAGGUCAUCGCCGAGUGCACACUAAAGGAGAGCGCCGCCAUCAACCAGAUCCUGGGGAGGAGGUGGCAUGCGCUGACCCGUGAUGAGCAGGCCAAGUACUAUGAGCUGGCCAGGAAAGAAAGACAACUGCACAUGCAGCUCUACCCCAGCUGGUCAGCCCGGGACAACUACGAGGCAGGCCGUAGCGGGGGCGCUGGGGGAAACACUAAAGAUUGGGGCAAGAAGAAGAGGAGAAAAAGGGAAAAGCAACAGGACUCCAAUACAGGUACAAGAUCUCCCUCUUCCUGUGUCUCCCCUUUUGUUUUUCUCUUCCUCCUAAUUUUUGAAACCAAGAAACAGAAUCCGAAUCCAACAGCUUCCACGUCCCUUUGCAGGGGGACCUUUGCCUGCCUCCCUUUCCUUUUAAAUAAAGACUGCUCAGCUGGGGCGGUGACACGUUGAACUAUGAAAAGGUUCAAUCUACUUCUAAUCAAUUGUGCCAGUAAAUGCCCGUCAUUAUCUCUGAUUUAAGGUACACAAUCUUCCGAAAUAUAUAUACUAGUUGACAUUAAGAGACCUCUACUAACUGCGUUUGAAAGCAUGAUGGCCGCUCAA